UGAAUAUUGUUUCUCCUGUUAUUUCAUGAUUUCGUAUAACUUAUGAAGGAGUGCAGUUUAAGCGGUAAUGCUCGAAGGAAAGUGCAACUGGGAAUUCAAGGCAUAACACAUACCUGGUGACAUAAGCUUGCCUCAUUUAUAUGUGCAGAUUCGUUUGGGAUAGACCUGUGAAUCUUGUUUUUCAGUGAAGCCCUGAAAUUAGCGGAAGUUCAGACUCCUGUGUCCUCUCUCUACCUGUGCUCAAUCAAGAGACAUAAAGGGCUGUAAAACGUGAUCAGUGAGAUUGGGAGAAUGGGCGAGCGGGCCAUCAUCAAGAUCGCAUCGCCGCCAGCAGGGAAGGAAGGCAGUGGCUUCCUGGUGAGGAAGGUUAUUGGUGGAACCCUCAUUCCGACGUGGGACCCAUUCCUGAUGCUGGAUCAUCUAGGGCCGGUUGAAUACAAACCAGGAGAGGCGGUUGGGGCACCAGACCACCCGCAUCGGGGGUUCGCUAUCGUGACGUAUGUUGUCGACGGUGGGGUGAAACAUCAGGACUCGAUAGGAAAUAAGGGGCUUCUUGAAUCCGGCUGGGUGCAGUGGAUGAAUGCUGGUCGUGGUAUCGUCCACUCGGAGAUGCCUCCUGAUGACAUGAUGAAACACGGAGGAUGCUCGGAGGGUUUCCAACUGUGGGUCAAUCUACCAGCAAAAGAUAAAAUGAUAGCACCCACAUAUCAGGAUGUCCCUCCAGAAAAUACGCCAGUCGUUCAUGAGAAUAAAGCCAAAAUACAUGUGAUAGCAGGAAGCUUUAGAGGAACAAAGUCCACAAUUAAUACAAAAAUCCCUAUUUUCUUACUCGAUGUUCACCUUGAACCCGGCGGUAGUUUGUCGAUACCAGUGAGCGAUGGGUUAAACGGGUUCGUCUAUGCCUGGAGAGGAGCUGGUUCUCUUGGCCUUGAUAAGCAACCAGUCCAUGCAGGUCAGGUCGGACUGAUGAGUGAAGCAGGCCGCGAUUUGUACAUAAGAGCAGAGGAUACUAAAGAGUUGCGUGCCCUGGUGGCAGCCGGCACACCUAUAAAAGAACCCGUCGCUAAACACGGACCAUUUGUGAUGAAUACAUGGGAAGAGAUAGAAGAGGCAAUAAGCGAUUACCGUGAGGGUCGUCUCGGUUCAAUACCAGGGAAGGAGGAUCGAUUGCGACAGACGGAGGCAGCGCUGGCAAUGCAGCAGAAGAACGAAUCAUUAUUGCUCAUGAAUCCAUCCUAUCACUAGCUUUGUUACAACCAACCAAUCAGAUCCUUUGUUACGUCAUCUGCUCAUUGGACAUUGAUUUCUUCAGUGCUGCCCCCUGGUGGAUUAGUUACUGCAAAUGGCUCUAAUAUACAACAUGGUCAUAGCUAGCUUAUGUUCUGAAUCAACAACAAGCAGUGUUGGCCUGGUUUCAUUAGCUACAUGGCCACAACCACGAAGACUUCCAGAUUGGCUGUACCACGAGGUGUAUGGAUUUUAUCCAAUACCAAGUCAUAAAAUCUAGUCAUAGGUCCUUGCUUUUAGUCAAAAACGUUAUGAAAUAUUAUCAAUGUUUGAGUUCAUAAACUAUGGGACCAACUCUUUAAUAGCUGUUUUUCACAAAUCUAUUUUUCACUUUCAAAUGAAAAGAAUGUAUUUACACCAAUUUUAAUCAUUCAUUUACCAAUUUAUAUUACUACUUAGAGGAUAAUUCAGGUCUCUGCUUUGUCAGUGUUCUCUUUAUAAUACUUUGGUGGAGGGGAGGGGCUUUUUUGCAGCAAAUAAUUUUUCAAUGGGGACUUCAGGCAGGAGCUAGUGGGUCAAAUUGGUCAACUGCCGGCCCCCUUAGUGUGCACAGUUAGCCAUCUGGGUAGUGUUUGAUUCAGCAUUAGAUGUGUGUGGGAAAUCUUUGUUGAAUUUUCAGAUGGGGGAGCCCCAUAUUAGGAACUUUAUGUCACAUACUGCUCCUGCUUUUACUCAGACGCAGCGUAUAAAGCUAGGGUAGUUUGUACACUGAGCACUUUAAAGAAAGAAGUAUUAGUCUUCAGAUAUGAACUACAGUAGAACCUCUCUAUUAAGGACACCCUUGGGACUGAAAAGUACUGUCCUUAAUAAAGAGGCGUCCUGAUUAGAGAGGUCAAAUUGAAUGGCAACAACCAAUUUGGGACCAAAACUAGUGUCCUUAAUAGAGAGGUUGUCCUUAAUAGAGAGGUGUCCACUAAGGGAGGUUUCACUGUAUCUCUCAUUUUGUUUUGUAGCUUUAAAAUCACGUCAAGCUCUCCUGAGCUUGAAAUAGUGUCCUAGGACUGAAGCAUGGUACAGCUUAGCAUAAUCACCUAAAGCUCUCAGGAGCUUGAAAUAGUGUUCUAGGACUGAAGCAUGGUACAGCUUAGCAUAAUCACCUAAAGCUCUCAUGAGCUUGAAAUAGUGUUCUAGGACUGAAGCAUGGUACAGUUUAGCAUAAUCACCUAAAGCUCUCUUGAGCUUGAAAUAGUGUUCUAGGACUGAAGCAUGUUACAGUUUAGCAUAAUCACCUAAAGCUCUCAGGAGCUUGAAAUAGUGUUCUAGGACUGAAGCAUGGUACAGCUUAGCAUAAUCACCUAAAGCUCUCAGGAGCUUGAAAUAGUGUUCUAGGACUGAAGCAUGGUACAGUUUAGCAUAAUCACCUAAAGCUCUCAGGAGCUUGAAAUAGUGUUCUAGGACUGAAGCAUGGUACAGUUUAGCAUAAUCACCUAAAGCUCUCAGGAGCUUGAAAUAGUGUUCUAGGACUGAAGCAUGGUACAGUUUAGCAUAAUCACCUAAAGCUCUCAGGAGCUUGAAAUAGUGUUCUAGGACUGAAGCAUGGUACAGUUUAGCAUAAUCACGUCAAGCCCUCUUGAGCUUGAAAUAGUGUUCUAGGACUGAAGCAUGGUACAUAUGAAGGCAUGAUCACAUCAAGUUCUUUUGAGCUUGGAAUAGUUAAUAGGUCUGACAUAAUCACAUAAGCGUUUGUGCACUACGUAGUGUGGUUAGCUUUGGAGAAGAAACCAUUGUCUCUAUAUCUAACAUAUGUUUUGGUGCCUCGUCCAACCGCAGUGUAGCUUGUUGUUGUUAAAGCCGCCUUAUAGAUUCAUACAUCAGACACCAAAUGCUAUUAAUUAACCAUUAUACUCAAUAAAACAUUUUAUUCUAUUUU